CGGAAAAUGGGCAUCAGCGUUGACCAGGAGACGGACUAUGCCGAACUGGUUCUGUCUGUAGGAGAAAUCACACAGGGAGAGGAGAUUAGGAAGACAAUGAACAAUAGAGAACUGAUAGCAAGAGAGGCCCACAGUAUCUCACAGGCUGUGUGCACGCUGCUGAAUUCUGGAGGGGGCGUGGUCAAGGCUCGCAUUAAGAAUUCAAAUUACAGCCUCAUCAGAGAUGGAGUAGGACUGGAUUUGGAAAAUUCUUUUCGUGAAAUUGUUCUAUUUCCUCAUAAAUACCGAGACUACAUGCAGAACAAAGGGUACUUUUUAAUUUUUGUGAAACCAUGGGUCCCGGAUAUCUCUGGUCAGCGUGUCCUCACCUUGAAAACCAAUUUCUAUGUGAGAAAUUUGUCAACUUCAUAUGAACUGAAAGGUCCUGAUGCAGUGCAGUUCCUCAAAGCCAAGAAGGACUCUGAAGGGAGAUCACGUUCAAGACAGAGCUUGCCUGCAUCAUGUGACUCUGAUAAAUGCCUUGCCACAUUUUUUAACAGAGAAAAGUUGACCCUGGAGGAGACAUUCUGUUUCACUAAAUCCAAACAUGGAGAAGUUAAAAUGACCCCUAAAGAAAAAAUUCUGGAGAUUCUUCCUAAAACUGUUUCUGCGUUUGCAAACACCGAUGGGGGAUAUUUGUUCAUUGGUUUAGAUUUGGAAAAAGAACAAAUAAUUGGUUUUGAAGCAGAGAAAGCAGAUCUUGAGGAUCUAGAAAGUGAAAUAGAGGCAUGCGUACGAGAGCUGCCUGUCACUCACUUCUGUGAGGAGAAGCAGGAGAAGAUAAAGUACACAUGCAAAUUCAUCCCCGUCCUCAGACCAGGAGCCGUGUGCAAAUAUGUGUGUGCGCUCAGAGUGGAGAGAUUCUGCUGUGCUGUGUUCGCUGCAGAGCCCGAGUCCUGGCAUGUGGAAGACAACGAUGUGAAGAGAUUUACCUCAGAGGAAUGGGUCAAGCUCCAGAUGGAAGCCACACCAGGUUUCUUCAAGCAAAAAUACAAACAGACCCUUCAAUCAAGCAGCCCACCACCGUGUCUCUGUAGCUGCUUUGCUAUUGACAUUCCAGAAGCCCAGCAACAGAGUGCCCGCCUUCCAG